AUCCUCUCCGGUGUUUUUGUCCAGUCCACCGAGCUCACGACAAUGACAGCGAGGAAGUCUGGCUCCCGCCUGGAGACGGAGAUCGAACGGUGCCGCUCAGAGGGACAAUGGGACAAGAUACCGGAGCUAGUGCGGCAGCUCUCGGCCAAGCUCAUAUCAAACGAUGACCUUGGAGAGCUGUUGCUGGGAGAAUGCAAGCUUCAGACAUACUUGAAGGAGAAUCCCAUCAAACAGGGAUCCAGUCCCCGGGGCCCACGACCCAAACUGGUGGAGGUCAGGAAACACCUCACUGCUGCUCUGGACAGACGGAACCUCAAGGCCGACUACCUCCUGGAGGCUAGCGUGCUGAUGGCUAAACUCUGCUAUGUUGAAGGAGAAUACAGUGACGCUUUAGGUCACUACAGCAGAGUAAAUAUGGACGACAUGCAGCUGGCGGGAGCUCCUGUGUAUAGACUUUCCAUGAUAGCAGAGGCUUAUGCUACUAAAGGACUGUGUCUAGAGAAGGUCCCAGCUACUUCUCCAUCUCUGUCCAACAGGAACACUGGCUCUCCAUCGUCUAAUAGGAGCACAACAGACAGAGACCAAGAAAUCAUCACAUGCUAUGAAAAGUCUGGAGACAUCGCUCUUCUGUACCUGCAGGAGGCUGAAAAGGCCUUGUCAGCAGGGAUUCAGAAUCGCAGCCCAAAACCCGGGCCGACGGCCCAGGACCAGGAGCUGGGCUACUUCCUGGAGACUGGCCUGCAGAGGGCCCAUGUCAUCCACUUCAAGAAUGGCAACCUCACAAAAGGUGUUGGCCGGUUUCGAGAGAUUCUUCGGGCUGUUGAGACCAGAACCACACAGAACCUGCGCAUGACCAUAGCCCGACAGCUUGCAGAGAUCUUGCUCAGAGGAAUGUGUGAACAGAGUUACUGGUCCCCUCUGGAAGACCCGCCCACGGUGUCACCAUUGGACGAUCCAACGCGGCAAGGACACACUCACAGCAAGAACUACAACCUAAGCCGACGCCCACGAGUGUACUCAGGAGAGAAUUUGUUUUGCCCUCAGGAGAAUACAGAAGAAGCAUUGCUGCUGCUGCUCAUCAGUGAGUCCAUGGCUAACCGUGAUGCCGUCUUGAGCAGAAUUCCUGAACACAAUAAUGAUCGUAUCAUCAGCCUACAGUCGGCGUCUGUGGUGUACGACCUGCUCACUAUAGCUCUGGGGAGGAGGGGGCAGUACGAGAUGCUGUCAGAGUGUUUGGAGAGGGCCAUGAAGUUUGCCUUUGAAGAAUUCCAUUUGUGGUACCAGCUCGCCUUGUCACUAAUGGCAGCUGGCAAAUCUGCUCGUGCUGUUAAGGUCCUUAAGGAGUGCAUUCGUCUAAAGCCUGACGACCCCACCAUCCCUCUGCUGGCUGUCAAACUGUGUAUCGGAGCCCUGCACUGGCUGGAUGACGGUGAGUGCUUUGCUAAGAUGGUGAUAGACAUGGGGGAGAAAGCGGCUGAGUUCAGAGCCAAAGGCUUCUUGGCCAUUGGGCUGGUUUACAGCCUUAAAGCCACUGAUGCCUCCUUACGAAGCAUGCAGGAGGACUACCAGAGGAAAGCUUUGGGUGCCUUCCAGAGAGCUCAGAGUCUGUCUUCAACUGACCACCUCGCAGCCUUCUACUUGGCACUGCAGCUUGCUGUGUCCAGACAGAUCCCAGAGGCACUGGGGUAUGUUCGACAGGCGCUGCGGCUUCAAGGGGAUGAUGUCCACUCCCUUCAUCUGCUGGCCCUGCUGCUCUCUGCUCAGAAACACUACCACGACGGUCUCAAUAUUAUAGAGAUGGCCCUGUCCGAGUAUCCGGAGAACUUCAAUCUAUUGUAUACCAAGGUGAAACUUGAGUCGAUGUGCAGAGGACCAGAGGAAGCUCUGCUCACCUGUAAACACAUGCUGCAAAUCUGGAAGAGCUUUUACAACCUUACCAACCCCAGUGAUUCAGGGCGCGGCAGCAGUUUGUUGGAUAGAGCCAUGGCAGACAGACGACAGCUCAACGCCAUGACUCUUCCUGACUUCAGUGACCCUGAGACUGCUUCUUCCUCUUCUCACUCUGGUUCUGAAGCAGUAUCCCCCACUUCCCCAUCCACCAUGUCCACCUUCUCAUCUCCGCCACCCUCCUCUUUCUUUCCUUCAUCUCCUUCCUCCCCUUCCUCUCCUUCCUCCCCUUCUUCCCCUGUGUUCAUCCUCCAGCCUCCUCCACCACCCAAAAACCCGUCUUUCCUCCCGCCACUUCCACCUCAUCCCCCCCCUCCUCCACUUCUUCCCUCAUCCACCAAGACCAGGACUCACUCGUUUUGCAACCACGCAACUCUUCGCCAUCUUUCCUCCAACUGUUCGGUGCACGCUACUUCCAUAGCAGCCAGUCGUGUAGAGCAGGCUCUGUCUGAGGUGGCCUCCUCCCUGCAGAGCAGCGCCCACAAACAUGGGCCGCUCCACCCCUGGAUGACCCUGGCUCAGAUCUGGCUGCAUGCAGCCGAGGUGUACAUCAGCAUGUCGAAACCUGCCGAGGCCUCAGCGUGCACCCAGGAAGCCGCCAACCUCUUCCCCACAUCCCAUAAUGUGCUGUACACGAGGGGCCAGAUAGCCGAGCUGAGGGGCAACAUAGACGAGGCAAAACGCUGGUAUGAGGAGGCCCUGUCCAUCAACCCGACACAUGUCAAGACCAUGCAGAGACUGGGUCUGAUUCUCCAACAGCUGCAGCGCUACAGUCUGUCUGAGAAAGUCCUGAGGGACGCUGUGCAGGUCAACAGUACGGCUCAUGAUGUGUGGAACAGUCUGGGUGAGGUGUUGCAGGCUCAGGGAAACGCUGCUGCUGCCACUGAGUGUUUCCUCACCGCCCUGGAGCUGGAGGCCAGCAGCCCCAUUCUGCCCUUCACCAUCAUACCCAGAGCACUAUGAGACACACACAGAGCAUGCCUGGGUGCAACUUACACACUCACUUGCAUAAGGUGUUACUGCCAUACCCUCAGAGAUACACACAUACACACACACCAUAGAAAUGCAAAUAAUACAUAUGAACAUUCAAACAUGCUUCUCCCUACCAAACCUUCCCAUAAUGCCUUGCUGUGGCUCGGACUCUUGUGUGUGGGAGUAAGUCUGUGCCGAUACAUUGCUUGUUUAUGUCAGUCUGCACUUUUUAUGUGCCUGUUUGUGUCUGUGCAUGUACACCCAUGUUUGUGUAUGUGCGGCCACAUGACGUCUGUCCAUAUUCUGUGUGUGUGUUUGUUUCUUUUCCUGUUCACAGAUGUAAAUAAGUUCCAAUUAGAUUCAUUACUGUGACAAUGUCAGCGUUCGCAAACCUUAAAGUUUACAUUUUGUUUAUGUUAUUAAGUACCAAAACAAACACACACAAUUUCAUGGUCCUUUCACAAACUGAGGGAAGAUCUAGAAAAUUGUAUAAAAAGUGCUAAUGGACAGUUAAAUAGUUUUAUUAAUGUUUCCUCCAAGGCCAAAUGUAACUGGUAUUCUCGUUGACUCAAAUACACACACACACACACACACACACACACUCACACACACUCACCUCUGGCUGGAGAGAAUUGUUACUCUAGGACUGAGUCACAACAGCAGAUCACGGAAGAAGCCAUCAGUAAAAUUGAAAUGCCAAAACAAGGGCUGCAUUUACAUACACACACAAUCAAGAUUCGAUUUUUAACAGCGAAUGCUCAAGUAAUCGCUAGUUUCAACCUUCACUGUAAUUGAAGGAGUGGACGUGCACAGGUUUUCACUUCCUGACUGAGUGUAAGAUGAUAACACAAAAAGAGCCAGCCACUAUUAGCCCAUGUUAGUAUAAAGGCUUUCUCCACUCAAUAAACAAUAAAAUGCACUCCCCAAGUAUCUCUACAGCUCACUAAUUAACAUGUUCUAUGUUGUGUAAUCUGUACAGAAACAUGUUAAAACGACAACACACAGACUUUGUGCGACUGUUGUAUCUCCUACCUUUUGUCUCUCGCUGCUUUUUCUCUGUCUGCCUCUUCCCUGAAUAACAGUGGAAAACAUGCUCAUCAAUGAACUGUAAAGAUGAUGGUAGAUACAUGUUGUUCAUCCAGGGUAAUCGAGGCUAAACCAAUAAGCUCCUGGCGUUAUGUUUAGUCAACAGACAUGUGAGUGUUGGUCUCAUCAAGAGCAACAAGAUCAAUUUCUCCAAAUGUCUAUUGUUUUCAAAUCAUCUAUUGCUGUAGAGUGAUUCCAGUUCCACAUGAAUAAAGGUUUUUAAUGAUCUGUUUGGAAAAGCUGAGUGUCACACACUUAGGAGCAGAAACCAGUCAGUUUCAUAUAAACUGCAGCUCCUGGAAAACAUUUCUAUUUUAACUUUUAACUUUCUACUCCACUCACAGCACAAAUCAUGAGUCCGAUGUUGUGUUGUGUGUCAACGCAGCCUCGGUGACUGUUGUGUCUUUGCCCUGUCGCACAAUCACGUUAAAUAGAACCAGAGGAAUAUAGGUUAUUUUUAUUGUUUGAUGAUAAAUACACAGAGUUGUCAUUGUACAUUUGAUUGUUCCAAGUGUAAUAUUACUGUUAUUAUUUUAGAGAGUAAAUUAUAAUUCUAUUUUCCGGAGAGCGAUGUUACUGAUGUGCUGUGGGAGGAGAGGAAGGAUGAGCUGAUUCAGUUUGUUCAUAUGAGCCCUGUCAGUGAGUCCUUAGUGCUGUAAAUGAAUGACUGAUAUAAGAAUGAUAUCAAUGAAUCAGAGAAUAAAAUUGGUUAAAAACAA